AGUCUUACAAAGGUGUACCGGCUCCUCCCCUUCAGUCUUACACAGGUGUACCGGCUCCUCCCCUUCAGUCUUACACAGGUGUACUGGCUCCUCCCCUUCAGUCUUGCACAGGUGUACUGGCUCCUCCCCUUCAGUCCUGCACAGGUUGUACCGGCUCCUCCCCUUCAGUCUUACACAGGUGUACUGGCUCCUCCCCUUCAGUCUUACACUGGUGUAACUGGCUCCUCCCCUCCAUCCUCCAAGUGUUCCGGCUCCUCCCCUUCAGUCUUACACAGGUGUACCGGCUCCUCCCCUUCAGUCUUGCACAGGUGUACCGGCUCCUCCCCUUCAGUCUUGCACAGGUGUACCGGCUCCUCCCCCUUCAGUCUUGCACAGGUGUCCCGGCUCCUCCCCAUUCAGUCUUGCACAGGUGUACCGGCUCCUCCCCUUCCAGUCUUGCACAGGUGUACCGGCUCCUCCCCUAGACUGAAAUGUCUUCUACUGAUAUAGAGCUCCGCCCCAUUUCCUGGCUGGAGUGACAUCCUUCUACAAAGUUACAAUGUACAGUCUGAUCAC